AUGGAAUCAACGUUGAUAUACAGACUCUCUGAUGGGUUGCCACUAUCGGGAUCAAGUGAUGAUAGUAACACAUCGGAGAUGAUUACAUUGAAAAGGCAGUGCAAGCAAAUUGUUAACACUUUAAGCAUUGAGAGAGGACAGGCAGAGGCAGAGGCUAAUGGAAAUGUUGAGGAUGUUGCAUCCAGCAUAGAAAACAAGGGAUCAGGUCAUACGAUCCACUAUCUUAUUGCAAGUGGUGUGCUUUAUAUAUGUAUCACACCAGAGAAAUUUCCAAAGAAGUUGGCAUACUCAUAUUUAUCUGAGAUCAGUACGGAAUUUGGACAUGUUUAUGGGGCAGACUUAACGCGGACGGGCUUGAAGCCUUACCAAUUUAUGCAGUUUGACUCAUUUCUAAGUAAGACCAAGAAGAUUUACAGCGAUUCAAGGGUUCAGUCAAACUUGGAUAAGAUGAAUUCGGAUCUUUCUGACGUUAAGUUGAUCAUGAACAAAAACAUCGAGAGCAUGCUCUAUAGAGGCGACUCUUUGGACAAGCUCCAAGAUUUAUCUCAGAACUUGAAGUUGCAAAGUAAGAAGUACAGGAAGUAUGCACAGAGGAUCAAUUUCAAGCUUCUUAUAAAGCAGUAUAUGCCUGUUGUUAUAGUGGCUUUACUCGUUCUCCUCAUACUUUACAGAUUUCUCUUCUAG